AUUAAAAAUAAGUAAAGCUAGUCGAAGUAUGCUAGAAACAAAGUAAAGACAACAACCGUGCUAAUAGUCCACACUGUUUUCUUCGUUGUUGAAAUGUAGUGUUAGCAGUUUCGAAUAUUGCUAGUCUAGUUGAGGAAAUGUCUUCUUCUGAAGAUGUAAAUAAUGGCUCAGGAAAGAAAGAUUAUUUUGAUGCGAGAUUUGUUUGUGAAUCGUUUGAAAAAUGUAUGGAGGACGUCUCUGGAAUAAGUUUGGACAGUUAUUUGAAAGGGUAUAUGGAACUGUACAGAUUUUUUGGGUUUCUGGGUUCGGUGUUUUCAUUUGUUGCAUCUGAUGUUAUUAGCAAAAUCAACAUUUUGGAAAGUUAUCAAAAAUCUGAAAGGGGAGGGCAUUAUAAAACCAUUCAGUCCAUGAUCGACUAUGAAAGUGCCAACGAUCUUCUGAGAGAUAAGACACGUCCUUCCGGAGCAAGGACGCUCCUUCGACUCCAUCGUGCUCUUGAGUUCAUUGCAUCAUUUAUUGGAAAUCUAGUUGUCCUUCAUGAUGAUGAUGUAACUUCCACUGCAGCUCAAGAGAGUUACAAUAAAACCCUUUCAAAAUUUCAUCCUUGGCUGAUUCAGAAAGGAGCACUUUUAGCUAUGUAUACACUACCAACAAAACAACAGCUUUUGAAAAAAGUUACUGGCAACCACCCUUCACAAGAUGCAUGUAUUUUAAUGAAACAGUUAGGAGAAGUGGCUCUCGAAGUUCAUAAGGUAACCCAGCGACUUUAUGAAGAGAAUGAUAUAUUGGAUCUACCUUAAAUACACAUUUUUCAUUCCUGUGUGUCCAAAACAAGAUACACAGCACCAUUUUAGGAUAAAACAAUUGAAUAUUGCCAACUGUUUGCACUGUAGGUUUUAUCAAAUUCUAAAAAUAUAGUGUGCAAAAUUUUAAAGAUAAUGUAUUUUCUGAUAUAAAUUACUUUAAUUAGAAUUGCUAACUUGUUCUUUUUUUUUUUAAUUAUCCGAUUAUUACAAAAGUCUGUGUGAAAUUUUCUGUUUCUUUUUUACACAUACAGUAUUGGAAAUAAUUAUGGAAACAGUGAAUAAAAUGGAACUGUGUCUCUCUAGUCUAGGAAAAUGAACUGCACCAGAGUAUGGUUAGGUUGAUUGGUUGACAUCCAACCAAUAAGACAAUGCCACAACAGUAUAAUGUCUAUAAAAAUGCAGUCAGUUAUAAUAUUACCAAUAGGUAGCGAGUUCAGUCAUCACAAAAAUGUAGAAAUCAAAAUUUUUGCUGGUGAAGUCUACUCCACGUGACAGAUGGAGGUAGAAUUUUACAUUUCAGAAACGGCUCUAUGGAAACUGAAGAGGACCUACUUACUAGUACUGUUGAUAAAAGAUGUGGCUGAGAUAGAAAGCCUAAAUUCUUGAUUUUAACUAAAUCAAAGUAUGCUCUUUAUGUGAUAACAAUUCAGGAAAGAUCUUACAGUGACACAGCUGUAAGUACUAGUAUAAAUGAUACAUCCAGAACAUAACAUAGACAUUAGCACAGUUAGAUGUGUAACUGCUCAAAAACCACUGUAUAGGAAACAUAACCAAACAAAAAGGUUGAAAUUAUCAUCAGACUUUGAACAAUGGUAUGAGUAAAGAGGAUGCUCUAUACAGAUGAAUCCAAAUAUGAAACACUUGACAAUUAUCAGCAAUAAGUUGCUUGAUGGUAGAGGGAAGAAUGAUAUAUUGGUUAGUGUGCUGGGGAACCAGUUAAAGUAUGGGCUGCAUUUCAGCCAAUGAUGUUGGAGAUUGAUGGCACCCCGACAGCUGAAAGGUACAACACAUGUUGCAAAAAGACACUGAUAUUAAACAGUAUAUUACAGGGGCAUGAUAUCUGGAGGUUAAAAAAGAUAUCAAAGAAACACAACCAUGGCUUAGACUACAAA